CACGUGAUCCUGUGAACCUCAGGGUGCUCACCAGGGAAGGGCCCUAACACAAAGGGCAAAGAGAAAGCCAGGGUCGGUAGUGUUUGAAGAGAAGAUCAUGUUCUGUCUGAAGACACUUCCAUUUCUGCUCUUACUCCAUGUGCAGAUUUCCAAGGCCUUUCCUGUAUCUUCUAAGGAGAAAGAUACAAAAAUUGUUCAGGACUACCUGGAAAAGUUCUACCAAUUACCAAGCAACCAGCAUCAGUCUAUAAGGAAGAACAGCAUUAAUAUGAUUGUUGAAAAGCUUAAAGAAAUGCAGCAAUUUUUUGGGUUGAAUGUGACGGGGAAGCCAAAUGCGGAAACUCUGGAGAUGAUGAAACAGCCUCGCUGUGGAGUGCCUGACAGUGGUGAUUUUAUGAUAACCCCAGGAAACCCCAAAUGGGAACAAACUAACUUGACCUACAGGAUUAUAAACUAUACCCCACAGCUAUCAGAGACUGAGGUAGAAAGAGCUAUCGGGGACGCCUUUAAAGUCUGGAGUGAUGUAUCACCUCUCACCUUCACCAGGAUCUCACAGGGAGAGGCAGAUAUCAACAUUGCUUUUUACCAAAAAGAUCAUGGUGACAAUUCUCCAUUUGAUGGACCCAAUGGAAUCCUUGCGCAUGCCUUUCAGCCAGGCCAAGGUAUUGGAGGAGAUGCUCAUUUUGAUGCAGAAGAAACCUGGACCAAUACCUCCGAAAAUUACAACUUGUUUCUUGUUGCUGCUCAUGAAUUUGGUCAUUCUUUGGGGCUCUCUCACUCCUCUGACCCUGGUGCCUUGAUGUAUCCCAACUACGCUUUCAGGGAACCCAGCACCUACUCACUCCCUCAAGAUGACAUUAAUGGCAUUCAGGCCAUCUAUGGACCUUCAAGCAAUCCUAUCCAACCUACUGGACCAAGCACACCCAGACCCUGUGACCCCAGCUUGACAUUUGAUGCUAUCACCACACUCCGUGGAGAAAUAUUUUUCUUUAAAGACAAGUACUUCUGGAGAAGGCAUCCUCAGCUACAAAGAGUCGAAAUGAAUUUUAUUUCUCUAUUCUGGCCAUCCCUUCCAACUGGUAUACAGGCUGCUUAUGAGGAUUUUGACAGGGAUCUUGUUUUCCUAUUUAAAGGCAACCAAUACUGGGCUCUGAGUGGCUAUGAUAUUCAGCAAGGUUAUCCCAGGGAUAUAUCAAACUAUGGCUUCCCCAGCAGUGUCCAAGCAAUUGAUGCAGCUGUCUUCUACAGAAGUAAAACAUACUUCUUUGUAAAUGACCAAUUCUGGAGAUAUGAUAACCAAAGACAACUCAUGGAACCAGGUUAUCCCCAAAGAAUAUCAGAUAUCUUUCCAGGAAUAGAAAGGAAAGUUGACGCAGUUUUCCAGCAAGAACACUUCUUCCUUUUCUUCAGUGGACCAAUAUAUUAUGCAUUUGAUCUUAGUGCUCAGAGAGUUACCAGAGUUGCUAGAGGCAAUAAAUGGCUUAACUGCAGAUAAAGCUGAAGCAAAAUCAAAUAUGGUUGUAUCCAUUUUCAGAAUGUGGAAGGGAAGUUUAGUAUGCAUAUUCAUUACAUUGUGUCCUAUUUAUACUUUUCUCACUAUUAAGUCAUUGUUUGCCAUCACUGUAUCCAUUCUGCCUGUUCUCGGUAAAAUAUGUUUGGAAUAUUCCACUGUUUGCAGAGGCUUAAUCAGUUCUUAUAUAUUCCACCUUAAAUUAGUGAAUCCAUCAGAGAAGGAAAGUAAGCCUUUUGUCACUUCAAUAUUUACUAUUUCAAUACUUAUAUAUCUGACUUCUAAAAUUUAUUAUCUUAUUAUUUGCCUAUCUGACUGCAUAUAUACCUCAGUCUCUCUCUUUAAAUGUCCUAUGUAUAUCUUCUACAUGCAAUUUAGAACUAGAUUUUGGUUAGAAGUAAGGGUUAUAAGCAACCUAGCCAGUACCCUUUGCCUUUACAGAAAUUGUGGUGCUGUUGCUGUUUUCUACUCUUGGAAAGAAAUAUGGAUGAUAUAUUUUGUGGGUUGAAUUGUGUCUCCCAUAAAAGAUAUGUUGAAGUUCUAACCCCAGGUACCUAUGAAUGUGAGCUUAAUUGGAACCAGGGUCUUUGCAGAUGAAUUAGUUAAGGUGAGGUCAUACUGAAUUAGGGUGGGCCUUAUUUCUCAGAGAGUCACCAUUAUGACUGUUGUUCCUAUAAGAAGAAGAGAGACAUGGGAGGAGUCUAUGUGAAGGCAGAGGCAGAGAUUGGAAUGACAUCUUCAAGCCAUCUCCAAGCCAGGAAUGCCACGGACUGUAAGCCACCACUAGAAGCUUGGAAGAGGCAAGGAAGGAUUCCCCCCAAUAGCCUUUAAGCAUGACCCUGCUGACACCUGCAGAUUUCAGACUUCUAUCCUCCAGAAUUGUGAGGGAAUAAAUUUCUUUUGUUUUAAGUCACCAAGUUUGCAGUACUUUGUUCCUAAGUGCAUCUACACUUAGGAAAAUGAAUCAACAAAGGAUGCUGAUGUGGAGCCCUUGCUAAGGACUACUAGGCAUCUUCCCAGGAGAGCAGCCUAAAGAGACCAUUACCUCCUCUCCUCCCUCCUCCUGGCUCUCUUCUUCUACAGUCCAAAUAAAUGGGCUGGGUGGAUCUGAUGUUCCUCAGUUCUUUAUUUCCUGGGGUACUCAGGAGGGCACACACUAUAGAUUACUGGGGUUUACGGCAUAAAAUUCAAUGUCUCAUUAAGUUGCAUUAAACUGAGCUUAGAUGCAUAAGUUUGCUAAUGGAUGAGUUUCUUUGUUAAGAACUGUAGGAUUUAUGUGACCAUGUCUAGCUAGUCCAGAUGUUAAAAUCAUUAUAAUGUUAUAUUUGCUGUUAUUAGAAUAUAAUAUAGAUUAUUAUGCAAUAAAUAUGUGGACAGUAAAGCAUAUUUCUCACUAGUACUUCCUAUUUUCUUUUUCUGUUAAAGUUUUUAAAUCCCACAGAUAAUUAAUUUGGCAUCUUUAAUCUGGUUUGAAAAUUUUAAAAAUCUAUUAAAUAAGUUCAAAUUAAAGAUUUUUACUUUA